AUGCCGCCGAAGAAACGAACAGCGGUAGCGGCAGCGGCGGCGGCGGCUACGACCGCGAACGGCCUUCCACCAGAUCCGCCAACACCGAAACGAAGACGGAGGCCAGUUGCGAAAGCAGCGGCACUCGAGCGUUCGUCAUCUACAGCAUCGCAUGCAUCUACAGCAUCUAGUAUUGCACCGCCAGCUAUCAAAGUUGAGGACUGGCCGGCAGAGUUCAAAGCCUUGGAAAAGGUGCACAGGAGUCUGAACACCGUCUUCACGUUCUGCUGUACACGAAAACACCUCGCAACAACGUUCGAGAACAUAAAAACGAGUGUAGAGGGUCUCACGAACAGGCCACUUACGGUGGAGGAUAUCGCACAGAUCAAGUUCUUUCUGCCACGAAGUAUCAGUUUUAACUACGUGGAACAGGAUAAACUCGCGCUUAAUAUCGCUGAUACGACGGCGCAGUUUCCGUCGAAGAGGGCAAGGGCACGGGAGGAGGCUUAUUCUACGCUCACGGAAGCCGCUAUCUCCAACACUCUCAUUGCGGACGAAACCCACGAAGCAGAAGUACGGCCUAUACAGAAUGUGUUACUGUUCGAGUAUCUCGAUGGCGAUUUGAAGAAAACCACGACGAGGGUGGUCAAAGGCAAGCGAGUUGUGAAAGAAGCACCGGAGUUUACAGCGGCGGCAAUGACGAAACUCAUCUCCAAACGCAACGCGAAAUUCAUCUCCGCUGUCUCUGCAUUCCUCGUCGAGAGCCAAAACCUGGGUGUCGGGCCCAUUGAACGGUUACAGGCGGAGUUCAAGUCGCAUGUCCCAAUCGAAGAAACCUCGACACAAGAACCCCAACCCGAAACUACGAAGAAACCACCACCCAAGCUGCCCUCCCCGGACGACCGCCCAACAAUCAAAUCAAUAAUCGACGGCCUGAUCGUCCGCCCCUCCUACCAAAACCAAAUCGUCCCAAACGGCCGGCGCACAAUCCCCCCCCGUCCCCCACACCACGCACCCCUCUCCACACCCCUCUCCCAAUCCCUCGCAAACGCACUCUACACCACGAAAUCCAUAACACCCUCCACAUUCUACUCCCACCAAUCCGAAGCCCUGAACGCGAUUUGGCGUGGUGAGAGUGUCGUCGUCGGUACCCCGACCAGCUCGGGAAAGAGUUUAAUUUAUCAGGUGCCGACGCUGCAUGCGCUUGAGGAGGACUCGGGGGUGAGGGCGAUGUAUAUUUUCCCGACGAAGGCUUUGGCGCAGGAUCAGAGACGGGGGAUGAAUGAGUUAUUGAGUUGUACGGAGGGGUUGGAGUGGGUUCGGACUGAGACGUUUGAUGGGGAUACACCCGUGGAGGAACGUGAUAGAAUUAGGGAUGAGGCGAGGGUGAUAUUUACGAAUCCGGAUAUGUUGCAUAUGACGAUUCUGCCGAAUGAGGGGAACUGGAGGAUGUUUUUGAAGGGGUUGAGGUAUGUUGUUGUUGAUGAGUUACACAUCUACAAUGGAAUUUUCGGGACGCAUGUCGCGUAUGUGAUGAGACGACUACGGAGAUUGUGUGCGACGGUUGGGAAUCGACGGGUACAGUUUAUCUCGUGUACAGCGACGAUACAAAAUCCUGUCGAGCACAUGAAACAUAUUUUUGGGUUGGAGGAGGUGACCCUUGUGGAGGAAGAUGGGAGCCCGAGUGGAGCGAAGGAGUUUGUGUGUUGGAAUCCGCCGUACGUUGAUCCCGCGGAUCCAAGCGCGGGACGGGUGAGUACGAUUGCGGAGGCGAGUAAAUUGUUUAUUCAUCUUGUGCUCCGGGGGAUCAGGGUUAUCGCGUUUUGCAAGAUCCGGAAGGUUUGUGAGGUGUUGGUCAAGACUGUGAGAUCUAUUUUGACGGAUAUGGGACGUGGGGAGGUUGCGGAACGGGUUAUGUCUUACCGAGGUGGAUAUACGCCCCAAGACCGAAGGAGAAUUGAGAAAGAGAUGUUUGAGGGGAGGUUAGUGGGGAUUAUUGCGACGAAUGCGUUGGAGUUGGGGGUUGAUAUCGGGGCGUUGGAUGCGGUUAUUUGUGUCGGGUUCCCGAUGACCAUCUCCGCUCUCCGCCAACAAUCUGGACGAGCGGGACGGAGGAAUAAGGAUUCGCUCACGGUUUUGGUGGCGGAUCCGUACCCGAUUGAUCAGCAUUAUAUGCAAAAUCCGGAUGAACUCUUCGAAAAACCGAAUACGGCUGCACAGGUUGAUUUGAGUAACCCCAUGAUUUUGGAGGGCCAUUGUCAGUGUGCGGCGUUUGAGAUGCCGAUUCGGGUUGGUGAGGAUGAGUCGUAUUUUGGGGAUGAUUUGGGGAUGUUGGCGGAUGCGAGGAUGAUGAGGGAUGGGGAGGGGUUUUAUCAUUGUCAUCCGCGGUUUAAGCCCUAUCCGAGCAAACAUGUCGCGAUUCGGGAUGUGGAGAGUGAUGGGUUUGCGGUUGUCGACGUCACCAACAACAGAAAUGUCGUGUUGGAGGAAAUCGAGCCCACGAGAGCGAUUUUCACGAUUUAUGAGGGUGCGAUUUUUAUGCAUCAGGGGUAUUCGUAUAUCGUGCGAGAACUCAAUAUCGACUCGAAAAUUGCGAAGGUGCAAUUGGCGAAUGUGGAUUGGAUUACGAGACCGCGGGAUUUCACUGAUGUUGACCCGAUUGAGACGCAGAUGAUUCGGCGGAUUAGGGGGAGUCGGUCGAGGGCGUUUUAUGGGCAUAUCAGGGUGACUGCUGUCGUGUUUGGGUUCUUCAAGCUCGAUCGGAGGAACAAUAUCCUUGAUACGGUGGAGGUUGAUAACCCACCCAUAGUGAUCGAUACGAAAGGGUUGUGGAUUGACGUUCCGAAGGAGGCAUUGGAGAUUCUGAAGAUGAAGCAUUUGAAUGUUGCGGCUGCUAUUCAUGCUGCGGAACAUGCUGUGUUGAGUCUUUUGCCGAGUUUCGUGAUGAGUACGCCGGGUGAGGUUAGGACGGAGUGUAAGGAUCCUACUAAGGAGUUGAGCAAACGGGAGACGUCGAGGAAGAGACCAGCUAGGUUAAUCUUCUACGAUGCUAGAGGGAGCGGAGCGGGCAUCAGUCUGAAAGCAUUCGAAUUCAUCGAUCAUCUACUGCACCGGGCGAUCGAAAGAGUGGAGGUAUGCAAUUGCCAAGAAGGAUGUCCGGAGUGUACGAUUAGUUCGCAGUGUCGUGGUGCAAAUAUCAUCACUUCCAAGGCAGGUGCUGGAGUUAUUCUCAAGAAGAUCUUGGGGAGGAAGGUGGAUAUUGAUACGUUGCCUGAGGGUGAUGUUAUGGAGCAUACGAUUGAGACAGUGGUGGAGAGUGAUAGGAUUCCUUCGGCGAGGAAUGUUGUGGUGGAGGAUGAGGAGUCUCAGGAAGAUGUGGAUGUCAUAGAGGGUCUUGGGGAGGAAAUUACAAAGGAGGAAGAGGAUGAGGAGAAACCGCAGGUGGUCAAGAAAGAGGAAGAUAUGGAAUAAGGAGCAUUCAAGACAUACGGCCUUAGGGUAACCCUCAAAAUACCUGAUUGUGGGUUAGCACUGAUGGCAUACAUGUAUUUCCCUUUCAGGGUUAGCUCGUUCCUCAAGGAUCUUCACGUCCCGCACGUCACUUCCGAGAAAUCGCCGAAACUCAACACCACAAACCGAAACAAAAGAAAAUGCCUGAGGCCAAGAUCGCACCCUCCCUCCUCGCUGGAGACU